AUGCCUACCAGAACACAGAUGAACGGGAAUCCAGACUCCCAGGAGCAAUCCAACAUUGUGAGGAUUCUGUCUGAAGCCCGACAGGAUCUCGUCAGUCAGAGUAAUCGGAUCUUGCCUGACCUUACUCUCCUCCAAGACCUCUACAAGACGUUUCUGGCUAGUGGUAUUAUCGACGACCGCAAGUAUCUUGUUGAGAAAAUCAUCCAGCUAGCAGUGUCGCUUCCCAAUGGUUCAACAAUCCGCAAUGACCUGAGCGGAAGUUUUAUCAAUACGCUCUGGACCUCGCUUCAACACCCUCCAAUAUCUUACCUGGGUAACGAAUUCAGGUUUCGCACGGCUGAUGGCUCCAACAAUAAUAUCAUGUACCCAUGGCUGGGUGCUUCUGGGAGUCACUACGCGCGGACAGUGACGCCGAAGAGUGUCCAGCCAUCAUCUCGGCCCGACCCCUCCCUAAUUUUUGACUCUCUGCUGGCUCGAAAUGGACCCGCCAAGGAGCAUCCUACUAAGGUCUCCAGCUCACUGUUCUAUCUCGCCACGGUCAUCAUCCACGAUCUUUUCGUGACUGAUGAGAGCGACGUCACUAAACUGAAGAGCUCGUCAUACUUGGACCUUGGACCUCUUUAUGGCCACAACCAAGAACAGCAAAAUCUUGUCCGCACGUUUAAAGACGGCUUGCUGAAAAAGGACACAUUCUCUGAACAGAGACUCCUGAGCCAACCACCUGGGGUGUGUGCUCUAGUCGUUGCGUUCAAUCGAUUCCACAACUACGUUGUCGAUUGGAAGCUAGAUCCGAGAGAAACUCUCACCAAUGUUUUCGAUCCCCAGGGGACACCGAGAGGGAUCGGUAAUCAGGUAAGUGUAGAAUUUAACAUGAUCUACCGUUGGCAUGCCGCCAUCAGCAACCACGACGAGGCAUGGGCAAACGGUUUCUUUGCACAAAUCUUCGGACCCCAGGUCGAUCCAAACGCCUUGUCGGUUACCCAGUUCCUCGGUCAGCUUCGAAAGUGGUUCCAAGGUCUGCCCGAGGAUCCUGGGGCAUAUGGAGCCAGGAACAUCCCCAAAGUCAUGAAGGUAAUAGAAAUGCUUGGAAUCCAGCAGGGACGCCAAUGGGGGCUUGCGACCUUGAAUGAAUUCCGACUUUUCUUCAAGCUCAAGCCAUAUUCGACCUUCGCGGAGGUGAACUCAGAUAAGUCCGUUGCGGACGCCCUGGAGGCUUUGUACGGACAUCCAGACAACAUUGAGCUGUACCCAGGCAUCCUAUCCGAAGAAGCGAAGAAACCACUGGCACCUGGAUCCGGACUAUGCCCAAACUUCACAACUUCGUUCACCAUCUUGUCUGAUGCUGUUGCCCUCGUCCGAGGGGAUCGAUUCUACUCUGUUGAAUAUAGUCCCAGUAAUUUAACCAAUUUCGGAUUCGCCGCCGUCAGCUCCGACUUUGAUGUCGCUCAAGGCGGCGUGAUGUAUAAGCUGCUCAUGCAGGCAUUCCCGGGCUGGUACCGCCCAAACAGCGUUUAUGCUCUGUAUCCCUUUACCACGGUCGACGGCAACCGUGACAUCUUGCAGGAGCACGGCACUGCCACAGACUUUGAUUUCAGCAAGCCCUCAUUUGUCGGCCCGCCUAAGCCUGUAACCUCUUGGCAGGGAGUUGUGGAUGUUCUCAACGACCAAGACAAGUACAAAGUCCCAUGGGGAAAGCACACAUUUGAAGUGACUCACCAUGACUACAUGCUCAGCGGUGAUUCUCCGGCGAAUGCUCAGCAGAGAAUCUCGGUGAAAGCGUGUCUUUACGAACCUGAGGACGCCCUUGCGGAGGUACGGCAGUUCUACGAAUCUGCUACAGAAAGCCUCCUCCGCCAGCACAGCCGCAAAGUGGGCGAUUCUUACCUCGUAGACAUAGUGGCAGAUGUUGGGAACCUUGUGCAUGCCCACUUUUCCUCCCAAUUCUUUGGUAUCCCACUUCAGGGCAACGCUGGUAACGGCGGCGGCAUCUCGGGAGCUUAUAAAGAUUGGGAACUGUAUGAUGUGCUCGCCGACCUCUUUGGCUAUGUCUUCCUAGACUUGGAUCCUGCCAAGUCAUGGAAACAUCGCGCUGUUGCAAUCAGAGAAGGGCAGCGCCUGGGGCGAGUUAUGGAGAUCGCUACCGCAGAAGUCAAGUCACAACGAUUUACAGGUCUGAAGAGUCUGUUAGGCAUGGGCAAGAGUCAGUCAGCUCUGGUUGAUUACGGAGCUCAGUUUAUCAACAGACUGCUUGGCGUCAGCAACGGCGUAGAUGAUACAGUCUGGACGAUUAUUCCAACGGCUGCUGCAGCUUGUGCAACUCAGGCGCAGGGGUGGGCUCAAAUGAUUGAUCUGUACCUGUCGGAGCAGUAUUAUCAUCACUGGCCAGCCAUCCGAGCGCUUUCUCUUUCCGAUGCACCGGAAGACUUUGAGAAGCUCAAGAAAUACGCUCUAGAAGGUCUUCGUCUCUCGACACCAGCCUUUGGGGUCCUUCGCGUCGUUGAUGCCACAAGCGAAGUCAUCCAGGAUGGUGAGAAAACGCUUGCUGUUAAGGAUGGGGAUACUAUCUUGACGUCGUUUGUUACAGCCGGCCAAGACCCUUCAAAGUUUCCUCACCCGCAAGAGAUCAAGCUGGAUCGGCCAGACAACUUAUACAUCCACCACGGUUGGGGCCCACAUGCGUGUCUGGGUCGGCCGAUAGUCACGGUUGCCGCCGCCUGUGCGUUGCGUACUUGUGCCCGCUUAGUAAACUUCAGAAAGGCUCCAGGAGCUAUGGGAGAGAUGAGGAGCAAAUCUGCCGCCGGUGGCUUCUUCAAACAGUUCUUGUCGGUGGAUGGGAGUGAAUGGGGACCUUUCCCCUGCACCAAGAAAGUUAUGUUUGACGGCUUCGAGGACUGA